AUGUCUCAGGAACGUAAAGUUAUUAUCUUAACAGGAGCCAACUCCGGAUUAGGUUUCGAGGCAUUAAAACAAUUAAUACAACAUUCGACACCAUAUCAUCUAAUUCUUGCCGUACGUAAUGUUACAGAAACAGAAAAAGCCAUUUCAGCUUUAACAAUCCCGUCACAACAUAGUAUUGAAAUAUCAAAACUUGACUUAUCAUCAUUUACUUCAGUUAAAUCAUUCGCACAAGGAUUACUUACGAGAGAUCCAAUUCUACCUUUAAAUAUAUUAAUAUUAAAUGCUGCAACAGUUAAAUCAAAAUUAAGUACAACCGAAGAUAAUUUAGAGACGACAUUUCAAACUAAUCAUUUAUCAUAUUUUCUUUUAAUAAAUUUAUUAUUAGAUAGAAUUAAAUGGAGUUCCGAACAACAAAAUAAAUUGGAAUCAUUUAAUUCUAGAAUUAUUUUUGUUAAUAGUUCUUUACAUAAACCGGGUGAAGGUCAUAACAAAAUAGGACCAAAAUUAGAGAUAGAAAAUUUAGAUGGUAGUAAAGGGUAUGAUAGUAUGUUAUUUUAUAAAAAUACUAAAUUAGCUCAAAUGUUAUUUUUUUACCAAUUAAAUAAGUUAUUAGAGGAAGAAAAGGAUGAAAAGAAAAAAAUUUCAAUAUUUGCUAUUGAACCUGGAUUCGUGCCUCAAACUGAGUUGGCAAGAGAAAGUCCUUCAUAUGUUAAACUUCUUAUGAAAUACAUUCUUCCUUUUGCCUCUUUUACCAGAACGCCCGAACAGGGAGGGGCAGUGAUUGUUUAUGCAGCAACAUCGCCAGAACUUGAAAGUAAGAGCGCUUUAUACAUUAAUAAAUUUUGCCAAAUUGAUAAAUCAAGUGAUGAUAGUUAUAAAGAAGAUUUACAAAAAUUAUGGUGGAAUAUUAGUUGCGAUUUAACUGGUUUUGAAGAAAAAAAAUUACCGUGA